AUGAGGCCUCGUGGUGGUGCAAUGAAGAAAUUUGGUAAGGAAAGGAGAAUGAGAUUUGGACAUAAUAAAGUUGUCAAACGAAAAGUAUUAAAACCGCCGAAAAAAGGUGUGAUGAAAGGAAAGAAUAAAUUCGCGGAGAAGAAACACAAAAAAAGGAUGGAAAAAAGACCAUCGAAGAAAAUGCGAAAGACGGAGAAAGGAGUGGAAAUAAGUUCAAAGGUGAUAAGUAAAGUUGGAGUAGAAGAGAAGAAAGAAGUUGGUGCUAAAUUUAGGCUUGGACGAUUUGGUGCUGAGUUUUUUGCACCUGUAGGAAGUGCGCCAAGUGAUACUUCAAGUGAUGAUGAUUCUGAUGGCGAAGAUGUGGAUUCAGAGCAUUCAGAAGAUGAGCAGUGA